AUGGAGAGGGUACAAUUAGACUACCAAGAGUUUUCAGUAUACCGAUGGUUGUCAGGUGAACAUAAAGGGAAACCUAGGAGAUUCCGUAAGAAGAUAGUGAAACCUAACAUCUCCACUAUUGACAUAACAUCAGGUGAAUCCGCAUCAGAGGGAGAGGGUAGUCAAACAAGACCUACUGUACAUUUUUUAGACAAAGACGGGGAAUCAAGCAUGGAGAGACAACCGACAACAAUAACACGGAGCAGACUCAAACACGUAAAAGGACAAACACAAGACGCGGAUGUAAGGGAUGACUCCAUUGGUCCCAAAG